GAAAUGGAAACAGAGCGAGAGAGAAAGAAAGAAAUGGGGGAUAGCGAUGACUACAAGUUCCUUCAAAUAAGGGACGCCAUUGCUGCCAUCAAUCAGAAGGUGAACCUUAUCGGAGUCAUCAUCGAGUUCGGUGUCCCAAAGAAAACCAAGGGCACUGAUUGCAUUUGUACACUAAAAAUAGUUGAUGAAUCACAUCCAAAACCUGGGAUUUCAGUUAAUAUAUUUGCUGAAAGUAUGGAAAAGCUUCCCCAUGUUGUGUCAGCUGGGGGUAUAAUUCAGCUUUCUCAUGUUGUGAUGAAAACUCAUUGUGGGGAAGUGAAUGCUGUUUUCAACAAGAGGUUUUCUUCUUUUGCUUUAUAUGAAGGGAAAGAUGGCAUAGACUUUCUUCCUUUUCAAGUUUCUUCUAAAUUUUGCCCUAGAGACCUGGACAAGAAGUUUAUAGAAGGGCUGCGAAAAUGGUUGGUUGAUUUUCAGCUUGAUGAAGGGUUGAGCAACUUCCUAUUUUUGAGAGAGAUCAAUGAAGGACACCACAUUAAUUUGGCAUGCAAGAUAGUUCAUAUCUGUGAGGUUGCUAAAGAUGAGUGGAUGGCGUUUCUUUGGGAUGGAACUGAUGCUCCACCAAUAAGUCUUCCUACAAAGUUAGAAGAUGAGCUGAGCAACCUGCUUCCUUUACAAUUGGAACCCGUGCCCUUGCCAAGAGAUCUGUUAUGUACUUUUCCUGCUGUUGGAACCAUCUUAAGGGUGAUCUUUGACCGAGGCAUGCAAAACCAGUUCCUCCACUUGCUACAUUCUGGGAAAUGGGUAAAAUUUGUGAACGUACUCUGUGAAGUGCAGUCAGGAUUAUGGCUUGGUAUGUUGACAUCUUUCACAAAGCUUCGCUAUACACCAAAUGAUGACCAUCUCAUAUCAGUGCGCCAAAGGUUAUACAAUGAGCGGUUAUCAUCAGAAAGGGGAUGUAUUCCAUACUGGUGCUUUCCUUGGUCACGUGUUACAGAGGUAGAUUAUGACCAUGUGCCUUUUGUCACAUUAAUGGAUGUUCUUACCUACUCAGAGGUAACAGCUAAAUUCAAGUGUGUAGCCCGGGUGGUUGCAGCACUUCCAUGGCAGGCUGAGGACCUCCGCUCUCCAUUUGGGACUUACAGGAUCAGGCUGACCCUAGAGGAUCCAACUGCCAGACUCCAUGCUCUUUUGUAUCGUGAAGAUGGGGAGAAAUUUUUUGAUGGCUAUCCCUCCGUUGAUGUAUUGAAACGGAAGCUAAACAAAUUACUCGGGCUAGCUGUGAGUGAUGAUGGUAAGGAGAUACAAAAUGCUCCAAGAAGUCCACCAUGGGCACAGUUUUGCCUGAAAUCAUAUUACCACUCCAAAAAUGAAGCUUGGGGAAGUAGACAGUAUCGAAUCUUUGGCACCAAACUGGAGUAAGGAGUCUGACAAGCAUGCUAGAUCUUGUUUUUUGCCGCCCUUUUUUCCUUGCACGAUCCGUGUAGUUGCCGAACUUAGAAUUGUUGUAUAUAAGGUAUGUUCAUAUUUAUAGAUUGCAUAUAAAUUAAGGGAGUUAAAAUCUUUUUCGUGCCCGACUGAUUCUAGACUAGAUGGCAGGUUGUAAAUAUUUGCUUAUUCGUACAGAUUUAUCUUGUAAUGUCAAGUGUUUUUCGUCAUUUGUUAGUAAUUGUUGUUUCUUUAGUCCAA